CCAAAAACCAACACCAAUCAAACAAGAGAGAGGAAAGUGAAUGUGAGUGAGUUCACUCUCCAAAGGCUGUUGCAUGUUUGCACUGCCAACAAAAGUUGUGGCUCUCAGUUUAUGAGAGAGAGAGAGAGAGAGAGAGAGCAGUACAGCACCACAGCCAAACUUCCCUUUGAUUGAUACUCUCUCUCAUCUUUUUUCCAUGCCCAAGCAUUUUGAAAACCUCGCUCCUCAUGAUAUGAGGAAAAAGGUCCCCCCACCUCUUAUAAUAACAGUAUCUCAUCCUUUUUACAGCUUCAAGAUCAUUACUUUAAAAUAACAAAUCCCAGUCCCAUUAUUAUUUGCUUUUUCAACGAAGUCCACAUUUCCCCUCCAUACCUCCUCCCCGUCUAUCUACUUUCUUGCUCUGGAAAGGUGAAGUUUUUGUGGUAUGUUUUUGUCCUGGGUUUUCUAACACCAUGGAUUCGUAUGAAGCUACUAAUAUGGUGUUUUCAAGGAUCCAAAGUCUGGAACCUGAAAAUGCCUCAAAAAUCAUGGGCUACCUUCUCUUACAAGAUUAUGGGGAGAAAGAGAUGAUACGUUUAGCCUUUGGACCAGAGACCCUUCUGCAAAAUCUCAUUCUCCAAACCAAAACCCAAUUGGGGUUUCCCUCAAAUACACCAUCCACACCCUCUCCAGCCUUUAUUCCUUCCUCUAGACCCAGUCCUUUGUACAUUUCAUCUUCAAGAAUACCAAACAAUAAUGGCUUUGACACCACAAACUCCUCGUCUCCCUCUACAAAUUCCUGGCCUUUAUUGAGUCCUAACUCUACUACUUCACUCUCUUAUGCCAGUGUUGUUAAUGGAGCCAGUAAUAUCAAUGCUGGUUCAACACCUUUUCAACCCACUGUCUCAUUAUCUAAGGCAUUUUCUUACAGCAAUAACAAUGACAAUGCUAAUGAUCUUGUUGACGAGUAUGAACUCCAGGAACGCUUUUCCUUUCUCAAUGAUUCAAAGACAGAUGAUUUAUUUGAUCCAAGGGGAGAGUUAGCCAUGAGUCCACCUGCAUUCGGUGAUAACAGCUUGCACAAGCGAAGUUUUUCAGUACCAGGCAUGUGUUUUGGAUCUGAAGAUUCAAAUUCCGGGUUUGGUUGGAAGCCUUGCUUAUAUUUUUCAAGAGGGUUUUGCAAAAAUGGCACAGGUUGCAGGUUUGUUCAUGGAGAUUCGGCUGAUAGUGCUGCCAUUGUUGGUUCACCGAGUGAACUUAAUGAGUUUGAACAGUGCCAAGAAAUACUUAGGUCAAAGGCUGCUGCCCAGCAAAGGAAGCUAGCCGCAGCCUCACAGUUUAUGGCUGGAGCUACUUUUUUACCCCAGAAUAAAUGCAUGAACUUCCUUCAUCAGCAACAAAAUGAAAGCCAAAGAUCAGCUGCAGCAGCUGCAUUGAUGAUGGGGGAUGAGAUUCACAAGUUUGGAAGAAUCCGGCCUGAAAGGAGUGAUUUUUCGCAAAUGGGAUUGGGAGGUGCAAUGAGCCCAAGCGCAAGACAGAUCUAUUUGACAUUUCCUGCUGACAGUACAUUUAGAGAAGAAGAUGUUUCGAGUUAUUUUAGCUUUUAUGGGCCAGUGCAAGAUGUGAGAAUUCCAUACCAGCAGAAGAGGAUGUUUGGAUUUGUUACAUUUGUGUUUGCUGAGACAGUGAAGCUUAUAUUGGCUAAAGGGAACCCGCAUUUUGUUUGUGAUUCUCGUGUGCUUGUUAAGCCUUACAAGGAGAAGGGAAAAGUCCCGGACAAGAAGCAUCAGCAGCAGCAACAGAUUGAGAGGGAAGAGUAUUCAGCUUGUUCAAGCCCAUCUAGGAUCAAUUGUAGAGAGCCAUUUGAUCUCCAUCUUGGAGGUAGAAUGUUUUACAAUACUCAAGAAAUGCUGAGAAGGAAAUUAGAGGAAGAGGCUGAUUUACAGCAAGCUAUUGAACUCCAAGAGAGAAGGCUAUUGAAUCUGCAACUUCUCGACUUAAAGAAUCAUCGCCAACAUCGAUACUUCCACGGUUUGUCAACUGGGUCCCCCCUUCCUUCACCAACUAUCUUGCAUAGUCCCAACAAUCAAACCCUCUUUUUUCCGAUCGAUGGCAUUGACAAAGAAGUUCAGCAUGAAAAUGGUAGCAACCCUGAUGCUGCAGCUGCGCAAAAUGCGGUCGCAGAUGCUGAUCAGGAAGUGAGUCCAGCUUGCAAUCACAACGAUGGCAAUUGUAAUAAUAGAGAUAAGGAGGAGAAGUCCAACAGUGAUGAAAGUGAUCUUCCUGAAAAUUUGGAGCAUAUUCUCCCGGACAAUCUCUUUGGUUCUCCUAAGAAAUCAGCUGGUGACAACGUCACUGUCUUCUCCACGGCUUCUGUGGAGCUUGAUGACAGUACCACAAGCCUUACUACAUCUUCUCCUAACAGUAACCCCUUAGUGCCCACCACCUCUCUCAACAUGACCUCUCUUAAAUCAUGUUUUCUCCAAAUGCCCAGGUUGUCUUCUGGGCAUGGAACCGUUGGCAUAUAGAUGGCAAAAGUGAUGCCAGCAAUGGGGAGAUUGACUUUUUUUAGGAUAAAUUGGAAGCAUAUACAGAAGUUAAAAACGAAAUCCUCUAGUUGCAUAGCCAAAAAACUAUACCCCUCAACAAAGAAAAAGAUCUGUAGACAAGAUCUCAGCAAGAUCACCAUUAUCAUCAAUGCAUACUACUUACAAUGAAUACAUAAAAGCAUACAUAAAAGGACAGAUGAACUAUAAGGGAGUGGGGUCUCUCUCGUUUCCUCACUGUUAUGUACCCUCUCUGCGGGUAUGUAUGUGGGCAUGCAGUGUGCUGGACCACACAGCAAUUGCAUUGCAGAACACAAUCAUCUGUAAUUCUAGUCCUUAUCUUUAUUUUGUUUUACCUUCCUUUUACGAGUUGGGAAAAAAAUAGAAAUGAAGUCUAUAUGGAAGAAAAAUACUACGACCUAUGUCGCUAUGUGUACAGAAAUAGUCCAGAAGAGGUUAAAAAGAACUGUAGCAGAAGUUUUAACUACUUUACUCCAUCGCCAGACCUUGAAAGGUUAAAGAAACGCAGACUCUAAGUGGUGGGCAAAAGCUGUGCUCUGGCGCUCUUCAGCUUUUCUUGUCAUUGUAUCUGUCAUCCAUUGGAAUAGGGAACAGGUAGAACAGUAAAGUUUUAUUUUUCAGGGAAGAAAAAGAUAGUGAAGGGUAAAUAAAAGAUUGUUCUUUCAUGUGAAUAAAGUCUACUUUAGGGGACUCUUUUGUCUCAUUAA